CCCCCGUGUGUCCAGAUUUUGCAGUCGUCCGUCGUGACGUCACCGGAGCGACGGAAGUGGUUUCCUGAGUACAGAAUCUGGCUGAUUCAUUGUAGUCGGUGUGUUUGACUGUGAACACGGAGAGAAACUGCGUCUUCUGAACACACGACACGUUUGACAACAGAUAACAAUAUGGAUCGGCUGCUGAGACUUGGAGGUGGAAUGCCCGGACUUGGUCAGGGUCCCCCAACAGAUGCACCAGCAGUGGACACAGCAGAACAGGUGUACAUUUCCUCUCUGGCCCUGCUCAAGAUGUUGAAGCACGGGCGGGCUGGAGUACCAAUGGAGGUCAUGGGAUUGAUGCUGGGAGAGUUUGUGGACGAUUACACAGUGCGAGUGAUUGAUGUGUUUGCCAUGCCCCAGUCAGGAACAGGUGUGAGUGUGGAAGCAGUGGAUCCUGUUUUCCAGGCCAAGAUGUUGGACAUGCUGAAACAAACUGGCAGACCAGAGAUGGUGGUUGGAUGGUACCACAGUCACCCUGGUUUUGGUUGUUGGUUGUCUGGCGUGGACAUCAACACACAGCAGAGCUUUGAGGCCCUGUCAGAGCGAGCCGUUGCUGUUGUGGUUGAUCCCAUUCAGAGCGUCAAAGGAAAGGUUGUUAUCGACGCCUUCAGAUUGAUCAACGCCAACAUGAUGGUUUUGGGUCAUGAACCACGACAAACCACAUCUAAUCUGGGUCAUUUGAACAAGCCCUCAAUCCAGGCUCUGAUUCAUGGACUCAACAGACACUACUACUCCAUCACCAUCAAUUACAGGAAAAACGAGCUGGAGCAAAAGAUGCUGUUGAACCUGCAUAAGAAGAGCUGGAUGGAGGGACUGACCCUGCAGGAUUACAGCGAGCACUGCAAGCUCAAUGAGACCAUUGUUAAGGAAAUGCUGGAGCUGGCUAAGAACUACAAUAAGGCGGUCGAAGAAGAGGACAAAAUGACCCCAGAGCAGCUGGCUAUCAAGAAUGUUGGAAAACAGGAUCCCAAGAGGCACUUGGAGGAGCAUGUCGAUGUUCUCAUGACAUCCAACAUCGUUCAGUGCCUAGCGGCCAUGUUGGAUACUGUAGUUUUCCAGUGAUGGUCCAGUGUGUGAAUAACUGUUAAUAUUGCAACCAUUGUUGUCUUUUAUAUAAAAUAAAUGUAUGUAUGAAAAUAA